CGCUCCAUUGUUUCGCUUCAGAGGCGGAAGAUCUUUCCCUAUUUCCAGCUGGGAUUAUUGUGUCAGUGUCGCUGCUUCUCUUCAUGUGCACGCAGCGAAGUCUGGUAGAACAAGGGACAAAAAAAAUUGCAACUGUCACGCUUUGCAAACUAAUGCUUCUGCACAAUUUUCUUUAAAGAAAGGCAAAGAUCGGGUGAAAGGCAGACUGGAUCAGCAGCUGGGAAGUCUGGGGCUUGCCUAUACGUCGUGACCCAGCCCCUGUUCAACAUUUGAUCUUCAGGAUUUUCUUCAAGGGGAGGGAAAGACAAAAAAAAAAUGAAAAACAGAACUCGAGUACCAUACCAGGAAUAAACAAAAUAUGCUGACUGAAGGGGAUCAAGUUUCAUGGAUAAUUGAGGAAUGACAAAGAGCAGAAGAAUGAAAGCAGAAGAAAUCGAGAACUAACCAGGAAAUCUUAGUGAGAUUCAAAUUAUUCAGGUUUUCAAGGACAGAGGUUUUCAACCUGUGGUCCGCGGACCCCUGGGGGUCUGCAGCAGGUUGCCAGGGGGUCCGAGAGCAAGCCAAGAAAAAAAUGGAAAAGCAACCUGUUACAAAGACGUAGCUUACUUGCUUGCUUCAGUUUUCCACUAUUCAGAAAAUCGGCCAUAUCUAUUCUAUCUGUUAUAGGCGACAAUCUUAGGGACUUAGACGAUGUUCCCUUCUGUUGCUGUAAAUAACUUAAAAGCACCAUGAGCGGAAUUUUGAAGCGCAAGUUUGAAGAUGUUGAAGGAACCUCACCAUGCUCUUCUGUAAGGGAGUCAGAUGAUGAAGUCUCUGGGAGCGAGAGUGCCGAGAGUGGUGACAGUGUCAACCCAUCCACUUCCAGCCAUUUUACUCCAUCAUCUAUUCUGAAAAGGGAGAAGCGGAUGAGGACAAAGAAUGUUCGCUUUGACUAUGUGACUGUGUAUUACUUCACACGGAGACAGGGCUUCACCAGUGUUCCCAGCCAGGGGGGCAGCACACUGGGUAUGUCCAACCGACACAAGUGUGUACGACAAUACACACUUGGGGAAUUUGCACUGGAACAAGAGAGACUCCAUGGGGAGAUGCUGAAAGAGCAUCUGAAGGAGGAAAAGCUGAAUUCAUUAAAACUGAAGCUAACAAAAAAUGGAACAGUGGAAUCUGAAGAGGCCAAUACACUCACAUUAGAUGACAUUUCUGAUGAUGACAUUGAUUUAGACAACACCGAAGUAGAUGACUAUUUCUUCCUACAACCAUUGCCAACUAAAAAGAGAAGGGCUUUGUUACGGGCUUCUGGUGUUAAAAAGAUUGAUGGAGAAGAAAAACAUGAGCUCCGUGCAAUUCGAGUAUCCAGGGAAGAUUGUGGCUGUGAUUGUCGAAUAUAUUGUGAUCCUGAACUUUGUGCUUGUAGUCAAGCAGGAAUUAAAUGCCAGGUGGACCGUAUGUCUUUCCCAUGUGGAUGCACAAAAGAAGGGUGCAGUAAUACAGCAGGCAGGAUUGAGUUCAAUCCUAUAAGGGUACGGACACACUUUUUGCACACAAUAAUGAAGCUGGAGUUGGAAAAAAAUCAGCAGCAGCUUGGAAUAGAGAAUGGUUUCUCAGGAGACGUGAAUGCCCAUGCUGGCCAUCUGGUGGCGAGCCAGCAGCCCCAUGAAUAUUCUGUUGCAGAAAGCUUUGAUAUUGAAAAUGAACCAGAAACGGCAGUGAUGCACUUACAGUCAGCAGAGGAGCUGGAUUGGCAAGCAGAAGAUGAGGAGGAGGAGGAGGACGAUGACGGGAGCAGUCUGUGUAGUGGCGUCACAGACUCCAGCAUUCAGAGCUUGGCAGCCAGCGAGUCGGAUGAAGAGGCAGACGGCAAAGUAUUGGGUGCCCCUGUCGUAGCACAAACUGAAGCUGUUUCCCUUCCUUCUGUAUUAUGUUAUGCUGAUGGUACUUCUGUGCACGACAGCUCACCACCAGAAGCUGCCUCUUAUUACACUAACUCGUCAACAUUGUAUUAUCAGAUAGAGUGUAAUGCUGCUGCUGCUACCACUACUGCUACUACCAGCACCACAACUGCUGCUACGGAUUGUGGCAAUGAGCCUUUCUGUGUAGAAGCCACCUUAACUUCAAACUACACGGAGAGGAGUCAGGAGACUGGAGCACUUACUUUGGUGCCUUAUGGCUCAGCUACAGAUCAAUACAUUGAGUACACACAGCAGCCAGAGGGAAACUUUACUAGUGCUCACUAUCCCAUUACAACACCCUCCGUGAUAGUUUGUUGUCCCUCAGCACAUGAAAACAAUGCUCAGUGUAACAGUUUAUAUUCUGAGCAACAACCUAGCCACUCUCGAGCAGAGCUACAAAGCUAUUUAAAUAACCACGUGCAAGAUGACUAUGUUGCAGCUUCAAAUGGGGAUGUUUAUGCACCCAAGCAGGUACUGGAAAAUACCAUCAUCCUCCCAGAGGGCAGCGCAUUGUUAGAAGAGACUAUCAAAACAUCAGUAGUGGAAACUGUGUUUGUUUAGUUUGCUCAGUUGCUGUAUGCUUUGUCCCUUACUACAGUUUACACCAGUUAUUCAGAAUGGGAAAGAGUAUGACUUAAUAGUUUACAAUUUUAACAGUCAUCACCUUUAGUACGACUGAUCAGUAACAGUGAUUAAUACCACUAGAUUUCAGUGGUUUAAAGACGGCAAAAUGUAAUCGGAAACAAGUUUCAUGCAUAGCUGUGAAACACUGCAUUAAACAUUGUGAUUUAAUGUAAGCCAUUCAAGUCACUAAUAAUUUAUUUGACUUUCAAAAGCAUUUUAACUGUUAAAUAAGCAUCACUGAUGAAGGACACCAAGGCAUCCAGACUGAAUAUUCCCUCUUGGCUUUUAGUCAAUGUGACAAUCUCAAAAAAUUUAAAUAAGGUCCCUGUUUUCAACAAAAACGUGGAAAAAAAAACCUAUUUAUGUACUGUACAUGUGAAAAUUGUGAAAAUAAUUUUGUUUCAUCUGUGAAUUUAUUUAUGCCAGUUAGUGUGCAAUUAUGUGAAGUAUAUGUUAAAUAUUUCUCUUUGAUUAAUGACAAGGGAAACAGAUAAUCCAAUUCAUGGUAACAGCAAAGAUUGUUUGAAAUGAUGUAGGCCUCAUUUUCACUUAAGGAGUUAUUUUGAAUUGAUUAUGUAGACAGCUCUUUCUUUGCUGUGUUUUCAUUUAGUACUCAAUAGAAUUGUAAAGGCAGAACAGCUGGCACAAAAGCUAAAGUCUAAGUGUCUCUUAAACGUGUGGGAACUUUCCCAAAACACAAUCUUCCAUUUCAGCUUAUAGCAUGUGCCAUUGAGCUGUUGAAUGAGAAAUCCUGUAUUGCCACAUGACCACUGACCAUAUCACACAUAUAUAACACAUUAAUAACUUCUGUGAAAACACACAGAAGUGGUAGUGGAGGAAAUCUAUUCAUGUUAUCGCUGAUCACUAAAGGAGUACAUCACUUCUGUUAAGCAAACUAAAGUGAAAUCUUUACUACAGAAGAAAGGUUGUGCUCUUUAUAUUUACUGUGCUGUUUUUCCAGUUAAGGUUCAAUAUUUUUUAAGAAAGGGAAUCAAAAUCUUUUAUCAGGCAACAUGUUUCUAUUUUAUGUCACUCCACUGUGAUUUAUAAUUUAUUAACAGUGUAAAUAGUACUGCCAGUGUCUUCUAAAUGCAUGAAACAGUCCACAAAAUGGAAUAGUGCAGAAAUUCAGAUUUAGCAAGAUAAAAUUUCUCAAGAAGCAGUCCAUGCAAUGUUUGAUCAAGUUGUGGCUUUUCAAAUGACAUUCCAGGAAAACACCAUUUACUUUAAUUCACAAAUUCCCUUAAGGGAGUAAUAGUGCUUAUGAAGUGGGAAGAAAAUACUCAGGCAACCCUGGGGAAGGUCAUUUGUUACGAGAGCCUCAUUUUAACACUCCAUUAUAUGGUUCCUGAUAUCUUUUGACAGCAAUCAGAGGGUGUGAAGUUAUGCCUGAGGUGAGGAAAGUAAAUCCUUUCUUGGUAACAAGUUCAUUUCACACAAUGCAUCUUACUUUAAAUUCUGCUCCUAUUUAGCUGUUACCUUGAUGAAUAAAAACUUGGAUUUCAGAUUUGUAAUUUAACAAAAAUACUGAAAGGUUCAAAAGUCAAAGUAUGAUUUUACUUUUCAAAAUAGUCAGUCAAACACUUUAAAUUCUGUCCAGUUAACAAACAUUACAGCUAUUAGAGGAAUUAUAACUAAAUAUCUAGAAGCCAAAUUCUUACCUGCACAAGUUGGAGCUUUGUCAUUAAUCUUGAAAUUUAUUUCAAGUCUGGCAAUAUAAACAAAAUACAAUCAUAAAUGUUCAUUAUUUGUAGCAUGCAUUAUGCUCAUAUAAGCAGCGAACAACUUGCUAUCUCCAGUCAGCUGGAAUAAAUAUUCAGAAUUUCAAUCAGCAAUGCUUAACAUUUAAAACCCAAACUCAGCUGAAGUCUACUAGUUGUAAAUUCCAAAUCUGAUAUUUUAGAUAUCAACUAUUCGAUUAGCUUAUAUUUUAAAAAAAGAGGCCAAAAUUAAUGUAACUAUUUGAAUAGUUUUUUUUUUAAAUACAGCUUUGAGAAGGCAAACCAAAUUUAAUUUUCAGUAUUCUUUAUAAUGCAACUAAGAAAACAAAAGUACAUUGCUGGUUAAGCUAGUCAACUCUUAGAAUCACACAUUUUGAAACAUGGCGAUCAACCUGUAAAGAGAACUGCAGUUGUACAUGCUAUUGACAUGGUUAAAUUAAGGCAAAUCUUCCAUUGUCCUAAAAUUGGUAGUUAGGUGCCUGACCCAGGCCAUGCUGUUGGUCUGUGAGUGACAUUUUCUUCUGGGAGUUCAACUCCCAAAACUUGAGCCUGGCCAAAAGGCUGUCUCAGCACAGAUAGCUGAACGCAGUUCCUGAACAGCUUUGAUAGCUGCUGGGGUCUCAAUUCCACCAAUUACCUGCCUGAGCUAAAUUAGAGCCCCUGCUCUAAUUUUUGGAUGGCUUUACAUCAACACUCAGUAAAAAUUAUGACUUGCUGAAUAAAAAAAAUUCUUAAAAUGUAAUUUCCUUUUAGCAUUUAACAUUACAAACAAUCCAUCUCCCACCAACUGUUACCUCCCAUUCAUUUGAAUGGAAACUGCUGUAUAUGUGCUGGCAUAAAACUGACAGACUCAGCAGGCAAAUUCCUCAUCCCACAAAUUGGGAAUCAGAUUGAACUUUGUUCUGCCCCAGUGGACUCACUGUCACAGCACAGGAACAGCCACAGCAGAGCAGAAGAUACCAAUACAUACAUGUUGGCAUAUCAUUGCUGGAAACUUAGAAUUCCAGAGGGAAACCUGGGUAAGGCCGAAAAAAAUCUGCCCCCUCAAUGCAUCUAGAAUUGUAGAUAAAAUUGGAGAUUCCAUUCAUAGAUAUGAUAUUCCAUUAGCUUAACAUCCAACAUAUGCAACUAAUAUUUAAACAUUAUACUUUGAUAGAACUUAAGGAUUUAAACAUUCUUUACCUUUCAAAUUGUGUGUACUUUGCAUGCACUUCCUUCGGCAACAUCAAGAUUGCAGCUUUUCUUUUUAAAUAAACAACUCACUUGGUAUUCUUCCAGACAAGUACCUAUAUACUGUAGUAUUUACAAAAAAAAUCACGUCAUCCUUAGUUCAAUAACAUUUGAGACAUUUAAAAAAACUAGAAAAGAUUCAUUACCAAACUGAAUGAUUGAUUUAAUUCCUGUAAAAGCACCCUGAUAAGCUACUGGUGUUAGAUGAUGUUGCCCUACAUAAAUAGAGUUUACCUUUUUAAGUUUGUAGUGGACUUAGGAGCAGGGCACAUAAACAAGAGCUAUUAGUGAAUAAUUUAAUUAGUCAAUAGAUCCAGGGAUACUAGUGAUUUCACAUAAGAUUAUUGCAAUUAAGUUUUCUUUUUCAAGGCUUUGAAUAUCAGGAAUCACUCAAAGCACUGGGUCUUAAACUAACAGUAUUUUGUUCAGUAUACUGAGGCCAUUUGAAUACUAUAAGUGAAAGGUGUAGAAAAAUUCAUGUUGUUCCAAUUGGUGGUGAUGACACAAGCUGUAAUCAUAUAUAAAUCACAAACUGUUCAUCCUUUUAUCUUAUAUGAUCAAGAAUAAUUGUACAAUAAUUCAAAGAGGAAGAAAAUUGAGAAAAGAUAGUUUCACAUAUGCUAUUAAAAAAUGAAUUUUUUAGGCCAAAAUGGAUGUAAGUUUAUACAACAGCUGAUACUUUUCAAACAGACCGCUGUUCCAAGACUAAUUUUUGGACACUACUUCAUAUUUUGCAUAACUAAAGGAAUUAAAAUACCACAUGAAAUUUUACAACUUUAGUUGUUUCAUCUAGGAUCCUACCAUACAGGCAAUACUUUGCAUUGCUGUUUUCGAAAACUCUGGAUAUUACAAUUUAUACAGUCUACCCAUGAUCCCAGUUGUGCCAAAAGAGAAGGUAGGCUACAAUAUUACACAAUCCCAAGAACUGAAUUCAAGCUGGGUCUUGUAUAUUGUAAUAAAAUUUUUUCACAGUAGCUGUAUACUUGGUAGUAUUUAUCUGUUCAGUAUUUAUUAUGAAUGAUAAUGCAGACAUUUGAUGUAUUUAUUGUGGUUUGUUGCAACAGUAUAUUGCAAAUUCAAAUUUUACUGUAAUUUUUUUGUUGCUAGUACAUUAGUGCUAGUUGUUAUGGCUGUACUGUAUUAUAUGAGCUUUAGUUUUCUGAUGUCGAUUUGUUUGUAUUCCAGCUAUUGCAAGGUGCAGGCUUGAUAUUUGUCCAAUUAACUUGCAUCUUUGGGACCUGUAAAAAUUGGACAAUGUAUUGUUUCAGAAGUUCGUUGUCUUCUUUGCACAUACAGCUGUUGCUUAUAGAUGGUCAGAAUGUGAAAAAUCUAUGUUUUAAUUAUUCUACAUUGCUGUAGGAAAUGAGGCCAAAAUACAGUACUGAAUGAAUUUCCAUCAUUCCCAUCUGGUACUCUUUUUUGCACACAUUGUCAGAAAAUCAUUUAUGGGCAAACAUAUUCGAGUCGA